CCAUUAGCCAGCGCUAGUUGCAGCGUCACUAGCGGAAGCCAGUUGCGUCCUGAGCAACGACCUACCUCAUUUUUGGUAUACUGCCGUAAAAUUAUCUGAGAAAGUAGAUGAAAGGCGUGGAUAAAACCCUUACAUCACGGUGGGCCCCACAGUAGUACGCAACUGGCUUCCGUCAUAUCACUAGCCAAACCGCGUCCGACUUCACAAAUUCCAUAUAAAUAGCCGGAGUCAGUGUAGAAGUCUUCAUCUCAAACCACUUUGCUUCACAAGAAGAAGUUAAUUGUCUGUGAGAGAGAGAGAUAGAGAAUGGAUGCCAAGCUUCACGAAGCAGCUCUAAUGGGCGAUGUUGAUUCCUUGUCCACAUUGCUUGAAGGAAAUGCUAACAUUCUCGAUGGGGCAGCUGAUUUUGCGGAGACCCCUUUGCACAUAGCAGCUCUAUUUGAUCACGUCGAGUUUGCAAAGAUUAUCUUAAGAAGAAAGCUGGAACUCACGCGUGUAUUAGACUCUGAACGAUCUUCGUCUUUGCAUUUGGCGUCAGCAAAAGGGCAUGUAGAAAUGGUAAAAGAACUUUUGGCGCUCGACGCCGAUAUGUGCCUUGUUCGUGAUAAACAUGGAAGGAUUCCUCUCCAUGUAGCAGCACUCAACGGUCAUGAGGAGGUCGUGAAGGUGUUAGUUAAUAAAAAGAGAGCAGCUACUCGGGUCUUAACGAGUCAAAGAGAGCCGAUUUUGCACCUUUGUGUGAAUCAUAACCGCUUUGACUCCGUGAAGUGGCUCUUAGAUUGUGUACAGGAUGGGAAAGAUAAUGAGUUUGUGAAAAUGAAGGAUGAUGAACACAACACUAUCCUCCAUCUUGCCGUUGCUAAGAAGCAUAUCAAACUCACAGAGUUUUUGGUCCGAAAGACCGUGAUGAGGGUAGAGGUGAAUGCCUUGAAUGCACACGGUUUCACGGCCUUGGAUAUUUUACUCCAAAACCGUGGAGAAUUGAAGGAUAUGAAACUUGAAGGGAUCCUCCGAGGUGCUGGAGCCCUGCAUCCCACAAGAGACGAUUGGACAAUUAAACCAUUGUGUUCUAGAAAUGAGAAGUGGAAGAAGCACGGUGACUGGUUGAACGAGAUAAGGAGUAGUAUAAUGGUGGUGGCAGUAUUGAUCGCUACGGUAACAUUUCAAGCUGGAUUCACGCCUCCCGAAAUUGUGCAUGGAGGAACGGUUUGCAUCCAUACCCCCAAGGAAUAUGGAGUAGCAGUACAAGAAAACUGGCCUUUACCGGCGGUUUUGACCGCCGGCAAAGCCUUUGCCCGUGGUCAGCUAACAGCCGGUAAAGCCUGCGUCGGUAAAGGCUUUACCGACAGUCAACUUCCUUUACCGGUGAUUGUGCUGGCCGCUGCUUCAUGUGGGAUUUACUGGCAGUUGUGCUGGCUGCCGCUUCAUGUGGGAUUUACUGGCGGUUGUGCUGGCCGCCACUUCAUGUGGGAUUUACUAGCAAUUUAUACGCCUUUCUAG